AUGAACCCAUAUUUCAAUACUAUUCAGGGAGCUAGUUUGGUAUUUCUUCUCAUCCUGCUUACGAUUUUGCUCCUAGCCAGCCUACUUCUCCCGAAAUUCAGAGACGACCUGUGGAUUAUUGGGUGUUGGAUCGAGACUUCCUUGAAUCGAAUCGUGUCUGCUAUUCGCGGUCUAUUUUUGCGUGUUCUUGGAAAUACAGAUGGGAAUCGAGACUCAGAAGUACCAGCGGAUAGGAAUGCGAUUAGGAUGGUGGAUUUGGAGAGUGGUAGAAGGCGCAUAGCUGGAGGUGAUGCACUUGUUGAGAGAGUCGCGAGUUUCGAUGGCGAGGAGAGUAUUUGA